AUGGUUAGAACUCCUUGCUGCGACAAACAGAAUGUGAAGAGGGGUCUUUGGACUGCCAAUGAAGACGCGAAGAUGCUUGCAUACGUGUCUAAGCAUGGAACCGGUAACUGGACAGCCGUUUCAAAAAAAGCAGGUCUUAGGAGAUGUGGAAAGAGUUGCAGGCUAAGGUGGACUAAUUACCUGAGGCCUGAUCUGAGGCAUGAGAGCUUCACCCCACAAGAAGAGGAGAUGAUUAUUAGGCUUCAUGCAACCUUUGGCAGCCGGUGGUCUAUAAUAGCCCAACAACUUCCAGGGAGAACAGAUAAUGACGUGAAGAACUGCUGGAACACAAAGCUUCGAAAGAAGCUCUCCGAAAUGGGAAUUGAUCCAGUUACUCAUAAGCCCUUCUCCCAAAUCCUAGCCGAUUAUGGAAACAUCGGUGGCCUCCCAAAUGCCGGAACCCCAAUAGGAUCUCUCAAUAGAGACUUGAAGAAUGCAUUGAUGUUGAGAUCAGAACAAUCACCGGUCCAGCCAGAAGGUUUUCCAAACUUCAACAGCCAUUUGAUGGCAACAGCAAUAACAUCGUCACCCAUAACAGAUCCAAACCAGCCUAUCUUCUUGAGCAACAACCACAACUAUGAUAGGUCUAUGGACCUUCUUGCUGAGCUUCAAGCCAUAACACUCGCCACAAAAGCCUCAAACCGAGCCAACCAUAAAGCCAUUUCACCCCAGUUCUGUGGUGAUCACAGCUAUUCUUCAUCAUCAGCAUCGUCUUCUUCAUCGACUGUGAACCAAGUGAAGUCCCCCCUAAGCUUUAGCUGGCGCGAUUUUCUUCUUGAAGAUGCAUUGCUACCACCUGCUAAUGCACAAGAACAAGAAAAUAAAGUGGAGCUUUCAUCCAAUGGCUCCUCAAGCCAGACAAAUAAUGAGAUACUCCAAAGUGACGAUGCAACGAGAAAAGGAAAAAGUACUUGUAAUGCAGUUGAAGAAAAGGAUUACACUAAAUUCCCGAAAAACAGCUUUAAAGCUUCAUCGUCUUCUGAUUGUUCAUUUGUGGAAGCCAUGCUAGAUCAGCAGAAUCAUGACAUGCUGCUGGAGUUCCCUGCCCUUUUUGAAGACUCAUUCUUCUAUUAAGUUGCCACCAAAAUGGAGGCCUAUAUGAGUACUAGUCAUUGUUGAUAACAAAAUUAGAAUAAGGACUCUAAAAAAUCUCCUAUUAUGAUAGAGUUAUCAGUUUGUGUUACUUUAUAGUAGAUACGUUGUAUGACUGGAUAAUUUUCAUCAACCAAAAGGUGGACUUCGUAUAUAUUCAUCUACUU